AUGACGGGGAAGCGAUCCAAGACUAAUUGCAGAUCUGCUUCUCACAAGCUGUUCAAGGACAAGGCCAAGAACCGUGUUGAUGAUCUCCAAGGGAUGCUCUUGGAUCUCCAGUUUGCCAGGAAAGAGAGCAGAGGCACCGAUGUGACACUUCUUGAGGAGCAAGUGAAUCAGAUGCUCCGUGAGUGGAAAUCAGAGCUCAACGAGCCUUCUCCUGCAUCAUCCUUGCAACAAGGUGGUACUUUGGGGUCUUUCUCAUCAGACAUUUGCCGUCUGCUUCAGCUCUGUGAUGAGGAAGAUGAUGCAACCAGCAAACUAGCUGCUCCCAAGCCCGAGCCUACUGAUCAGAAUCUCCAAAGGGGAUACAAUUUGGUCCAGGGGAAGUCAGAAAUCGGAUUCCCAUUGGCUGAUCAUUGCAAAGAUCCGUCCUUGUUAGAUGGAACCGCUCAUUUGGAGUACAAUCAGUAUGAGUUUGAGCCAAACUUCAAUGGUGGUUUCAACGGUUAUGUUGGAGAGGGUCCUUUGCACAUCUCUACCUUUAUGCCGACCAUCUGUCCUCCACCAUCUGCGUUCUUGGGACCGAAAUGUGCGCUUUGGGACUGCCCUAGGCCUGCUCAAGGAUUUGACUGGUUCCAGGAUUACUGCAGCAGCUUCCACGCUGCACUUGCUUUCAAUGAAGGACCACCUGGUAUGAAUCCAGUUGUGCGUCCUGGAGGGAUUGGUUUAAAAGAUGGUCUGCUCUUUGCUGCUCUUAGUGCAAAAGCUGGAGGGAAAGAUGUUGGCAUUCCCGAAUGUGAAGGAGCUGCAACUGCUAAAUCUCCAUGGAAUGCUCCAGAGCUCUUUGAUUUGACGGUUCUUGAGAGCGAGACACUAAGGGAGUGGCUAUUCUUUGACAAGCCAAGGAGGGCUUUUGAGAGUGGGAACAGGAAGCAGAGAUCUUUACCAGAUUACAACGGACGCGGUUGGCAUGAGUCGCGUAAGCAGAUCAUGAACGAGUUUGGUGGGCUGAAGAGGUCUUACUACAUGGAUCCACAGCCUCUGCACCAUUUCGAAUGGCAUCUUUACGAAUACGAGAUCAACAAGUGCGAUGCUUGUGCCUUGUACAGGCUCGAGCUCAAGCUCGUUGAUGGGAAGAAGAAUUCCAAGAGCAGAGUAUCAACCGAGUCUGUGGCUGACCUGCAGAAGCAGAUGGGGAGACUCACUGCUGAGUUCCCUCAAGAAACGAUCAACAACAACAACAAACGCUGCAUCAAAGGAAGACCGAAAGUGAACGCUAAAGCUACAACGGAGAAUGUUCAGAACACAGUAGAGCAGGCCAAUGACUAUGGAGUAGGUGAAGAGUUUAACUACUUGGUUGGAAAUCUAACCGACUAUUAUAUAGCCUGA